GAUGAUUGAUUGGCAGAAUCAAGAGAUUGCCAAUGACACCCCUCUGCGCGGUGAUCAUCCGAGAUUACGCAGAACCGGGUUGAAUGGUACAAAAUCGAUUAUUCCACGGAAAUGGCCUCUGUUAGCUACCAAAGAGUCUACCAACGAAGAUCCUGAACAAUACAAUGCGCAGAAAUUUCGGCAUCCAAACUGUAUGAAAAUCAAAGCGUGUACAUCGAUAUCGAAACAGAUCUAUUUGGGGGAUAGAUUUUUACCCUCUCGACGUGGUUAUAAUUUCGAUAUGGCUCAUUAUCUGUUAAUGAAGGAGAAACCAACAGAGAAAACGAAUAUAAUAGACGUUUGUAAAGAGGUUGAUUCGCUGGAUACUACAUACCGACGUAAAGCUUUGCGUGCGAUAAUGUUAGAACAGGUUUUAAUACCAGAAUUAGAUCAAGACAAGAUUUUACGGUUUAGCAGCUCGAUGGUGCGACGAGCUCGGAAUCCGCCGCGUUCGGAAUAUGAAAAGAAAGAUGGUUGGAAAUGUAUACCCCGCAAGAAGAUCCUGAUAGGAAGUGCGGAAAAGAUGUUGUCUGUGCCCGAAAAUGUAGUCCCUUUGCAAGGGAAUAUGGCGAUGGAUUGGAGCUGCAAUAACAUGUUGGCUAUGUCCAAUAAUGAUCACCUGAUUAUAUAUAAUAAUGACGGUGAAAAGGUAUUAUCCAGUGUCAUCCGAUGUGAGUCGGUAACUUAUGAUAUCAAUAAAAUUACCGACAUUAAAUGGGCCAGUGACGGCAAUAAAUUGAUAAUGUCUAUCUUAAUUUUAAAAAACUACACCUCGGCGCUCGUGAUGUACGAUUUAAAAAAGCAAAAAAUCUUGUGGGAUGUCAUAUGUAAAUGUCAAGUGGAGGAAAAAGGCUGUACUAUUCGUUGCGUUUGCUGGUCAGCUUAUGAUCGUCAGAUCGUCACCGGAUGCGCCGGCAAAAUAUCAAUAUUUGACCCUGACACGGGUAUAUUGCUGCACACCAGGCUCGAGCUUACGAAAGCCGAGAUCCUGAAUCUGAGUUUUUCGCCAAAUUACAAGUAUCUUGUAUCGACCGGAGAAGACAAAAUCGUCCGAUUAUUUUCCUGGUCGGAAUUGACUCCUUGUUUCAAUAUCAGAUUCUUUAAACCUGUAAAGGCGGUCGCUUGGCACCCGCAAGUACCCGACUUGCUUUGUAUAGGUGGAAGGAAGAACGGAUCGCUAUCAUUAUGGAAUGUCAACAAGUGUGCGAUGACAGCCUUUGUGCGCGCCAAGUUCAAUGGUCGCGUGGAAAAUCUCACCUGGAAUAAAUUAAGUGGUGAGUUGGUCGUACAUUGGACUUACAAGGAAGAGGACAACAUAUACACCAUUGUCGCAGUGCUCGCCAGUUUUAAUCGGAUUGUCGACGUGUUGCCAUUGGAUAAAGAAACGCGGCUCUGCUUCUUGAAGUUCAAUGCCGCACACGAGCAACUGAUAACAUUUUGCAGCAAUAUGAAUGUCUACUCAAUAUGGAAUUUUUUUGGCCACGAGACAUCAUCUCGAAGACGACACAUGUCUCACGACAGUUCUAUACAUCGGAAACAAGGAGUCAUGGUCCGUAAUCCGAUUCGAUAAUUACUUAUUUAUUUCAAAAACUUUGGACGAUCUCGCGAUAAUUCGUGAUAUGUAUCAUGAAUAGAACGUUUAUCAUUGAUAUCGAUACGUACGAUGAUAGAUCCACAUUGGUAAUUCUGAGUUUAUACUAUCAAAUAUUAACGUCUUCAUCAAAUUCCUCGAGUAUAACAGACUUGCAGACGUCUUUCGUAUUGACAUUAUUAAUCUCACAUCUAAUAGUAGUUGCUCUGUUAUCCACAUAUAUGUCAAUCUCAUUAUAAUUAUACUUGUAUCCCAUAUUUGAAUACCAUAUGAUAUAACUAAAUCGAAAGAUGAAGAAGAUUGUGAUUUUUGAUUGGUUCAAUUAUAUUGAUUCUGGGUUCGUGAUUUUCAAUUGAUUAAUUGUUUAAUACGAAGUUGCAGGUUAACUUGUUUCGCAAACAAGUUUCUACUUUAUCAGUUAUUUUCGAAUAAUUUUAAGUCAAUAUCUAAUAGUGUUUUCUCUUGGCUGCACUAUCGUUCACCAGUGCAACACUCAGACAGUGUAGCGUGUUUCCUUGGCUAUAGUAUAGUGCAAAUUUUAUGCACGAAGUACGGUUUUGCUAUACGAUCUCAAAGAGACGGUGUAGAGCCAGUGUGACAUUUAAAAUUUGAAAAUAGAAGUCAACCGGCAACAGAAUUAAACACGAUAGCAUGAAGUAGUGUACUCCAUAGUGUAUGUAUACUUGUAUAGUGCAACACUGAUGCAGAACUUACACGCAACUGUGUGUAGUGCGAGGUUACACUCAGUGUAUCCCAAGAGAAAACGCUAUAAGGAUGUUCUUUUGACUUUAUCGCAGAGAUUCUUCAAAUCUUUUAAAGAUUCUUCUUUCUUCCAAAAUUUAUCAUAUCAAAUCCUUAUGGCAACAAGAGUAUCAAAGGAGAUUUCAAGAGAUCCUAAAAUAAUCUCUUAAGGAAAUGAGGAGCAAACUUUCAAAAAUUUUGUCCAAAAUUUUUUUAGUUAGAGAUGUCGGAGUGUUUAGUGUUGAGAAACUAUUAUAAGCUACUGUGAAAUGUUCAGAAAGCAUUUUUUUAAAUUUAUAUACUGAAAAAAUACAGACAUUUCAAAGUGCAU